AUGAAUAAUAAUUCAAGAGAACAAGUUAUGAUAGAUUUGAAAAGCAAUCCCUUAAUCAGUAGAUUUUUUGCAGGAUGGACUCCUACGAAGGCUAUCAGUUUUGCAUAAAAUCUCCUAAUAAUAGGAAUAGGUGUAGCCAAUAAAUUACUGAUAAACAAUACUCCAGAUGAAGCAUUUAAUAAGCUUAAUAGAAUGGCAUAGAAUGUUUAAAUGUAGAAUCUAAAUUUAAAUAAAUAUGGAAGCACUCCAAAUUGUAACCUCAGUGAUGAAGUUGCUUAGCAGUAUAAAAGCGAGAAUGCUUCAAGAAAGAAAUAUUUCGAUAAAAAUUAAUAGCAGCAUUAGUAUAACUUUAAUGACAAUAAUGACUAUUAAGACUAAGCACUUAAGUAAAAAUUAAAAAAUGAAUAUAAUUAGGUUAAGAAUUAGAUAGAAAUGUUAAAUUAAAGGCUAGACUAGCACCCUUAGCACCAUUAAAAUUAAUUUAUUUCUGCAAGUCCAGAUUACAUAGAAGAUAACUAAGAUUUGAAUUAAACCCAAAGAGGCAGACGCACAAAAAAAACCAAAUAAAAAAUAACUCCUAAGAUUACUGAGAGUCCUCCUCCUCCUUAGUAGAUUACAGUCAUUAGAAAUAUUUCAGGACCUAAACCGCAUUUAAAUGAUGGAGCUAUUAAAUAGUGUUUACAAAUAGAUGAUGAUGAAGAUAUCGCUUAUCCACAUUCUUAAAAUGAUAUUAGAAGAGGAUUGAGCCCUUAGCAAUAUUAAAAUAAUUAACCUUAUAUCUCGGCAAGCAACUAAUUUAUGAGAUCAUCAGGGAUGUAUAAUGACUAUGAUAUGAAUUCUUCUAAAGGUAUGUAACAAUAGCAAAUUAAAUCUCCUGAAAGAUUGAGUGAUGCAUACUUUAGCACAGGAUCAAAUUUCCGUGUACCGUCUAAGAAAGAUAAAAGGAAUGGCAGCAAAGAAAGAUUAUAAAAAAGAAAUAAUCACAAUCUAGGAGCUUCUCCUAAGUAGAGAAACACUUCUUAGUAAUUAGGAAGUGUUAGAAGUGAUAAGAAGAAACCAUAGUAUUUAUAGAACGUUGAAUCACGUAUAAAGGGUGAUAUUUAAGCUCAUAGAGACUAAUACCAAAACCAAGAUUAAAAUUAACAAUAAGAAAACGAGAAUUUUGAAGACUUUAAAUAUAUGAUGAAUGAAGGAAACAAUUAAAAUAAUCUUAACUUAGAAAAAGAUGAAGAUGAUAAAAAUUAAGAAGAUGGAUAAAACAAUUAAACUACAGGAAAUAAUAAAGCAGAGGAGAAUGUAGUUGAAAUGGGUGUUCAUUUUUCUAAAACUGCCCAAAAGAAGUAUUAUGAAAAAUUAGAAAAAGAAAAGUAAAAGGAGCUGUAAAAGGAAGGUGAAAAAAAGAAUUAGUAUAUUUAGCAACAAUAGUUAUAGCAAUAGCAAUAGCAAUUACAAAAUUACUAAGUUUAGUACAAUCCUCAUUAGCAAGAAUAGUAUUACAGAAGUAUGGCGGCUGCUGCAGGUGGAUAUAAUUCAUUAUCACCUCUAUCCCAUUAAAAUCCUCUAAGCGCAUAAAAUUUACUUUAACAUAAUUAAAAUACUUUGAUCGGCAGUGAUAGUAAUAGAAUAGGACUAAAUGGCAAUUAAGAAAAUAUUGGUAGUGGUCCAAUCACUUCUUAAAAAAAUACUAUUUAUGGUGGUUAUGCAAAUGGGACUAUGUAAGACAGAAAUAAAAAAAAUAUGUAUGAGAAUGCAAAUAGCUUUUUAUCUUCACCUUUAAUGAGAUAAUUCAUAGAAGAUGAUGAAGAUGAGGAUAUAAAUUAAAAUUAUGAAAACGACUAGAUCAACUAAAGAGAAGAUGUGAGAGAGUAUGAUGAUUUUGUUUACCCUUUUGCUUCUCCCACCAACAGAAACACUCAAUAGAAUAUCUACUCUAGCAACACUAUGAAAUAAAGCUAUAUUAAUUAGAAUAAUCCUUACUAUAAUUCUAUGUAAAUGGAUCCUUGGAGACAAUCAACUGGAAGUAGAGUUGGAUUUAAUUAGAAUCCCAAUUCAAAUCAGACAACAUAGAAUAAUUUCUACAAUUAACAAUCAAUUGAUUCAACAUUUGGAGGAGGAGUUGGACCAAAUUAAAAUUCUUAAUAGUAAUUGCCUUCCUUCAAUCCUAGUGUUGAAUAGUAAAAUUUCUAAAACAAUCCAGAAGCUAUUUUAUCUGCAAACACAGCAUCAUUUAGACAGUAAUAACAGUAAUAUCUAAAGCAACCUAAUAAGAAUACUUAAACAGCAAGAAAUAGUCAAAUAUAGUAGUAAUAUCCUUAGGCAAGCAAUCAAAAAUCUUUAAAAUUUAGUAAAAAUAAUAAACAAAAUGGAAACAACGGUAAAAUAGUGUAAAAUUAAAAUCCCAGUGCUUAACCAGUCUCGAUGGUAGGUGAAGAUAACGCUGAAAAUGUAAGCGAUUUUGAGCCAAGGUAAUCAACUUUUAUAACAACACAAUAUAAAUAUGACAGUGGCUAAAAAAAUAACUCUUUCACUUGGGGUUAACAAAACUAAAGUAAAUAUCCAGCUGCCUACAGAAAUGAAGAAUUGUUUAGAGAAUCAAUUAAUAACAAUUCAGACUUUACUUUACCUAAUGAAGAAGUUCAACAAUACUUAAAAGAAUUAUAAAAUUUUAACCAAAAAUGA